AAAUAAGCAGCUGACCGCUACGAAACGGAGCGACCUGCCAACUAUCGUCGGUUAACACUGAACACGUUUCUUCACGGCCUAGUCAUCUGGCCCGGGCUGGUCGUGUUCCUCAGCCGCCACUCACAUACACGGCCGUUUACGGAUGGGAGGCGCCGAGGAGCUGCCGCAUCGCUGGACGCGAUAACUCCCAUCACUAGCGAGCCUUUUCUUCCUCUCGGAAGGGGAACGAAUCCGGAUAUUUUAAACUGGGGAAAAGGACAGAAAACACGUGUAUGUAUACAGCCGCAACUAAACAAUGCGUUUAGUCCUGUAGCCGCUUGGCUAGACGCUGGAGAUAGACGAGACGUUGUCGACCGGUUGCCUGGGUAGGUCAGCAAACGUCCAGCAUCGCCGGCCGCAGCAUCGCUGGGCAGAUCUGUUCCGGAGGUACCCAGGAGCUUUAUCUCGGUUACCGGCACACAACAGCACCAGUACGCCAGGAGACAGCCAAAAAGACGAAUGUAGAUAAUGAAUCGCCUUUGUUCUGUCAACAAUAACGUCCCAUGCGAUAACAACCUCCUGGUCCUGGACAUGGUUCUGAGCUCUCUCUGGGCGGUGCCACAGCCAGUCAACUGGGAGAACGUUGCCAGGCUCGUUCCUGGCUUUACCCCAAAAGAGUGCGCACGCAGGUUCGAUGAGCUGAAGAGCACCGGGAGUCUUCCUCUAGUGGAUGAUCAUUGUAACAUGCUGACCGUGACUAGCGGCUCUCCGUCUGAACCACUCUCCGCUUACAUCAGGUCCACACUCUUGGACCUCACCGGAGACACGGCAGAGCCACGGACCAAUCAGAGCGUACUUUCUGUAUCCGGACUGAGCGUGACCCCUGCAGAGAGAGGAUGCAGAGCUGAGAAUGAGAUCACAUCGGCUACAGAGGAUAGAGAGAACGAAGAUGGUGGGAAAAGCCCUACCAUGGUGAUCCACGUGUGUGAUGAAGCAAAGAACCUGAAGCAGGAUUUUGAAUGUCCACGCCACCUGCUGGUGAAAGAGAUGCGCUACUUCUCAGAGUACUUGUCCAUGGAUGUCCAGCGGUGGGAGGAGGUGGACAUCUCCGUGCACUGUGACAUCCAGAUCUUCGACUGGCUAAUGAGUUACGUGAAGAGGAACUGCGAGGAACCUGAAUCUGAGAAGUACAUCGAAAGGCCCAAGCUGGAACCCAGCAAUGUCAUCUCCAUCCUGAUCUCAUCCGAAUUCUUGAAGAUGGAUACUUUAGUGGAGGAGUGUAUCCAGUUCUGCCAUAAGCACAUGAGUGCUGUCGUGGCAACACAGUGUAACAUGAGCUGUAUCAGCAGCAUGCUGGUAUCGCGCAUCACCCAGCUCUUCACGCACAACCAGGCCCACGACAUCAAAGACAAGAAGGACAAGUUUAAAAGUAAGUUGUUCCAGAAGAAGAUUGAGAAGUUGUUCAAUCCUGAUGGUGAGAAUCAGGACUCUCCCGGAUGUGCUGCUACGCUAUACAGGUGUAGUCUUUGUCAGAAGCUUUUAACCAAAGACACUGAAAGGAAGAUUCCGUGUGUCCCAGGCAAACUCAAUGUGGACUCUCAUGGGAAUAUCGUCUACGCACACAGCAGGCAUAAAGGUUGGGAUGUACAUGAGUAUCUGAAUAGCUUGUAUGAGGAACUGAAAUCCUGGGUGCUGGUUUACUGGAGGAUCUGGGGUACCAUCAACUUCCUCACCUGUUCAUGCUGUAAACAGGUGUUCCUCUGCUAUGAGCUGGCCCAGUGCAGGUACCACCCUCAGCCUGUGGUGUUCCCCGGUGUGGGUGCAGAGCGCAGCUGGCAUGGUACUGGGUUCUAUCCCUGCUGCAACCGGAGGGCUCUUCGGUUCGACCCCGCCGCCAUGCCCCACGGUUGUAAGCUCAGGGACCAUGUAGUGUGUACAGUGGAUAGUGAGGACUGUUUGGACAAUAUGAAAUCCGUCCAGACCAGAAUUCUGAAUGACCUGCUCCUGCAUCGAGACGUUGUGUGUGUGAGCAGCCCUCCGGUGUCUGAGAGCUCUGUGGAGUCGCCUGCUGGGGACGUGCGUGUGCAGGACUGCAACAUUAUGCCAGAGCCUGGAGUUCUAAAUGUUCAGAGUGGCAGAGAAAUCACCGCCUUCUCGCUGUUAAAGAACUGGAGUCUUCAGCUGAGACAGCAAUCUCUCCUGUCUGAGGAUGAGGAAUAUACCACAGGGUCAGAAGUUACAGAGGAUGAGGUUGGGGAUGAAGAAGACGCUUCCAAGAAACAAGUGGCAAAGAAAGCACAAAAACCAGGCAAGCCUUUGAAAAGACAAGUGGUCUCACCCAGCAUACAGCACAGAGAGAAGCCUGUAGACAAGGUUCCUUCACGGGACUCAACCCCGUUCACAGUAAGCAUGCAGAUGAGUAAAUGGGACAGCACUCGCUCAUUGAGGUUUAACCAGGACGCUCAGAGGGAGGAAGACCAGAGGAGAAUGGUGGAGGUAAUUGAUCAUCUUACCAAAAUGCGCUUUGGUGACUUGGAACAGAUCAAGUCAAAAGACACUAAAGAGGUAGAGAAGAACCACCUUCACUGUUGUAUGUGUCUUGCAGGAGGUAUCUACUCCAGACUAGAGGCCCAGUUUAAGAGCUGUACUCAGUCAAGUGGCAAACAUAACAGCUCAGACAAAACACUCCGGCUGAAGACCCGCUCCGGGCCAUCUAGGCCAACGUAGAAGAGGAAUGAAAGAUGACCUGAGCGGUGUGUGAAAGGAAGACUCCUGAGACUGCUCAGACAGAUGAGAGACGCUCCAUCUCUCCUUCACCCGUAUCCCAUUGUCUGAACCACCAGAGGACAACGAGCAGUGAUGAACAUUUGAAUCAGUCUUCCCCAUUGCUAGCGGUGCUACUAGCCUCACGGAUGUUGUCUUUCUCUCUCCCUGUGAUCUUUUUUGCCGCUUCUUUGCUCUUUUUGAUUCUUUCAUCUCCUGUUAUAUUUCACAUGCUCAUAAACCUGAUGUAACCGCACCCCUCCCAAUGCCCCUGUAGUAACCUGCACUUUGUGCUGUCCUAACACACCAACCCCUGCUGGUGAGCAUUAAACUUGCAGCCAGCGUUGGCUCCGAGAAGCGGGCUUGUCUUACUAACCUGGCGCACUCAAUCUAGAAUAAAGAAUGGAGCGGAGCUUGCAGGAGUGUGCGCUUCACUUUCCUGAACCUUAACACGAGGCUGAACUCAGUCUGCUGGCUAGCGGCUGUAGUUAU